CCCCCCCCCCUCUCAGAAGACUCAAAGCCUGUUCAUGUUACCUUUAAUUGUCAUGUUUCCGUCUGAUUUGAUUGCUUGCACUUUCAAAUGUGAAAUUUUAGCGUCAAAUCAGUGCGAUAUCCGUCCAGUUCCCUCCAUCGUUUUGGGUUAAUUUGACCUGAAAUGGGAUGUUUAUCCGCGCUUUUCAUUCCAGUGAUGCUUCUGGUAGUUGGCACCAGUCGAGCAAAAUACGAACCGGACUGGAAGUCCAUCGACUCCAGGCCGCUUCCAGAGUGGUUCGAUCAGGCAAAGUUCGGCAUCUUCAUACACUGGGGGGUCUUCGUCCCCAGCUUCGGAAGCGAGUGGUUUUGGUGGUACUGGCAGAAGCAAAAACUAAAGCCGUACGUUGACUUUAUGCAGCGUAAUUAUCCCCCAGACUUCAAGUAUCAAGACUUUGCACCUCAGUUCACCGCGGAGUUCUUUGAUGCCGAAGAAUGGACGGACAUCUUUGCCUCGUCAGGGGCGAAGUACAUUGUCCUGACGACAAAACACCAUGAAGGUUUCACACUCUGGGGCUCAAAGAACUCCUGGAACUGGAACGCUGUGGAUGUCGGACCAAAAAGAGAUCUGGUAGAUGAAGUGGCGAGCGCCCUUCGUGGCAACAGUGACCUGCGUUUAGGACUCUAUCACUCUCUCUUUGAGUGGUUUAAUCCACUCUUUGAACUGGACGCUGCCAAUGUGUUCACGACAAACUACUUUCCUACCAGUAAAACGCUUCCUGAGCUGUAUGAGCUCGUUGUCAAAUACAAACCAGAGAUAUUGUGGUCAGAUGGGGACGGAGACGCACCAGAUAAGUACUGGAACAGCACAGGUUUCUUAGCCUGGCUCUAUAACGACAGUCCUGUUCGAGACACAGUGGUGACAAAUGAUCGCUGGGGCUAUGGUUCCAUCUGCACGCACGGUGGAUAUUACACCUGUGCUGAUCGCUACCAGCCUGGACACCUGCUCAAACACAAAUGGGAGAACUGCAUGACCAUCGACACAAAGUCAUGGGGCUACAGACGAAAUGCCGCCCUGAGUGACUACCUCACCAUCGAGCAGAUCGUAGCAACUCUGGUGGAGACUGUGUCCUGUGGGGGAAACCUGCUGAUGAACGUCGGCCCCACACACGAUGGAAGGAUCGCUCCGAUCUUUGAGGAGCGUCUGAGACAGAUGGGUCAGUGGCUGAAAGUCAACGGGGAGGCGAUUUACAACACAACAGCAUGGAGGGCCCAGAAUGACAGCGUCACGCCUAACGUCUGGUACACUUGUAGACCACAGGAAAAGCGGAUCUUUGCCAUUUUACUGGAGUGGCCUAUGGAUGGAUCUGUGAUCCUGAAUGAACCUGAUGUGACAGAAGGACAGACUCAGGUGGAGCUCGUCGGUCACGGGUCCGUGCAUUGGGAGCCUGUAAAGCCCAGCGGACUGCGGGUCUUCCUGCCCCAGCUGUCCUUCAGACAGAUGCCGUGCCAGUGGGCCUGGACACUGAGGCUGACAGGUGCCACUUAAAACCAGCUCACAUGAAGAAGAGACGGAGCUGCAGGCCUGAGAAAAGAACCCACACUUUUUAUAUGGACAUUUUUUAAUAGACUAUUACGAUAUAAAAAAUGAUCUUUUUCUAGGUCUGGAAAAAGAAACACAUCACAAAGUUAUUUGUUUAACUCUUGUGAUUGAAGUCUAGCUCAAUGUUACUGCGUUUAAGAAUGUAAGUCGUUAUUUUUUAAAACCAGAAACAGCCUGAAUGCAAAAAAUAUUGAGCUUUUGUAGAAAUUAUUUUGAAUUUUUCUGCACUUUUGAAGUUAAUGUUUUUUUUAACCUGGUCAUCAAAGAGAAAACAACAACAUCGCUGUACACUUUUAUUAACAAUGUUAAUAGCUUGUCCAUGAAUCACACCCAGCGUUUCUCAAGCCAGCAGAGUACUACACAAAACAAUCCAUGAGCCAAUUCGAUUACCUUCAUGCCAAACUACACUUUUAAUUCUAAGCUAUAUGCAACUUUAUAUCAAAAAUACGAAAACCUUCCUCCAAUCUCUCUUAUAUGACAACAUCACAUGUCAGAGAUUCCACUGUUGAAGAGGAGAUUCAUCCCCAACACACUUUUUAUCGCCUAUCUAGUCGACAUCAAAAGUAAUAGAAGUAUUUCCAUGUCCCUUAAGGGUUCAGUAUACUUCCUUGAAAUUACUUUUCAUUAAACCUACAUGUUAAAUAAAUGUUCCUGCAGUCUGCAGAAUUCAUCAAAUGAUAAAGUGUGUUUAGAAUGUGAAGGAAUGUUUGAAUCACAUAAAUGAACCUUUGAUGCUCCAUGUUUCUUUUUCUUUUUUUCUAUAAGUAUGCAUGUAGGGGGAAAAUUGCACAUUCCAAAAAUAAAUCAUGCUUUCUUAUAGGA